ACAAACACUUAAUCACAACGUUUGAAAUUUUAUACUCCCCCCGUCCCUAAAUUAUAUUCCUCUUUCAAGCAUUUAUUCCUCACAUAAUAGAGAGAAAAAGGAAUGUAAUUUAGGGACGGAGGGAGUACGUAGUAGUGUAGUACUACCAGUGGCGGAGCUAGGGUGGGUUCAAGUCGGUUCAUUGAACCCACUGAUUUUUUGAAAAAAAUUUAAAACUUUUUUUUUAAAAAAAAAAAAAUCAAAAUAGGUUUAAAUAGAAUAUUUGUGUAUUAUAUGAGUUUGUGGUUAUUUUUACCUCCCAUCACACAAGAGUUUGUGGGUUCAAAACCCAUAACUCACACUUUUUUUUUUAAUUUUGUUUCCUGAGCUUUCCCUGUUUCCAGCUUUCCUCUUCCUCAUUCCCCCAAAUUGCAAAACCCUAACUUCUUCCUCCUUCUCUUAAUCUCUUCCCGUUCUUCCUCCUUCAGUCCUUCUCUUCCCGUUCUUCCUCCUUCUCUUCCCGGCGCAACACGGCAGCAGUCAGCAGAACGCCAGAACACGGUGGCAGCGGCAGCGCACCAGCCACUCACCCAACAGGCCAGCAGACCCACCGUCGUCCGUCACAGCACUGACAGCCUCACAGCCGUGUAUCGGUGUAUGUAGCAGACUAGCAGUAUAUACCUAUUAUACCAUGAGUUUAGAGUCAUUUUGGAAACGUGCCGGGAAGUCACAAAAGUCUUCAACUUGUUCUUCACCUAGUUCAAGGGAUCCUCCAAUAGAAGAACAUGUGUCUCCUAAUGAUGAUGAGGUUCCUAUUGCUGCAACAAUUCCACCACCUGAGAACACAGGUCCAAGUGUUCCAAAUACUACUGUUGACUCCGAUGAUACUCGCAUUUAUGAUGUUGAUCUUCUUCCACAUGACCCUGGAAAAAGAAUUCCAAUUAUGGAGUAUCCUCCUAAUGAUCGAGAUGCCAUAAGGAGAGGCUAUAUUACAAAGAAACAUUGUGAUCCACGCACACAUAAUUUUCCUCAAAGAAAAGUUGGAGGUAUGCGCCGUUUUAAUGUUACUUGGUUUGAUAAAUAUGAGUGGCUUGAAUAUAGUGUUGAGAAAGAUGCGGCUUUUUGUUUUGUGUGCUAUUUGUUCACUGAUAAAGUUGAUUAUUCUUUGGCUGUUAAUGAUUCCUUUAUUAAAGGGGGAUUUAGAGGAUGGAAUAAGACUGGUAGAUUUGAUGUUCAUGUGGGUGGUAUUGGUAGUUUCCAUAAUUAGGCUAUUGAGAAAUAUAGUAUGUUUAUCAACCCAAAGACAUCAGUUGCUGAAUCUCUUUGCACUUAUUCUAAGGAAGCUAAACUACAAUACAAAUCUCGCUUGACUUAUUCAUUGAAAUGUAUUAGAUUUCUUUUAAAUCAAGGUUUAGCUUGUCGUGGGCAUAAUGAAAGUGAAGAAUCUUGGAAUAGGGGUAAUUUUCUUGCACUCUUAACAUGGUUUUCAGAAAAUAAUAGUGAGGUAGCAAAGGUUGUUGAAACAAAUAAGCAUACUACUUACAACUUAGUUUACUUGCUUAUAAGACUAGCAUUGAUCCUUCUGGUUGCAACUGCAAGCGUGGAACGAGUGUUUUCCUCAAUGACAUACGUAAAAAAUAAGUUGCGAAAUAGUAUGGGUGAUCAACUAUUGAAUGAUAAUUUAGUCACUUUUCUUGAAAGAGAUUUAUUUUCAAGAGUUAGUGAUGAUGAUGUAUUGGAACGCUUCCAAAGUAUGAAGACUCGAAGAAUGCUUCUAUAGUCUUUUUUUUUUCAUUUUUCUAUGUGUAAUCUAUUUGUAAUCCAUAGUUUGAACUUAUUUAUGUACUGAAUAUUUAAUUAUUGUAUUUUUAUUCCUUUGUUAAUUAUGAUUUCAAAUUUCGGAA